UAACUGGCUGCCUGGUGAAAACAUUCCAAGGCCAACUUUAUCUGAGCGGCCACUCUGCUUGUCACUGGUAUAUAAAUCCUGAAAUUCCCGAAUCUGAGACUCUGCUCCAAAGUGUCGGGAGCCAAAAUAUUACAGUUCGAAAGACAGGAACGCCUCUGGAGGAUCUUCCAGUUCCUCAGACUCAACAGAACAAAGAACACCUAACUCUUAGGGAGAUGCAAGAUAUUGAUCCUUAUGAAUUCCCAGAAAAAGGUUGUAUGUGUACCGUUACUAUAACUCGCUUGAUAGACGCCUCAACAUGGUGGUUCCCUUCAUGCAAUUUCUGCAACAAGUCAUGUAAGCAAGAAGGUUGUGAUUUCAUCUGUUAUGAAUGUGGGACUACUAAUAAAUUUUCUUACAAGUACAAGCUAAACUUUAUAACCAGUGACGGUACAGAAGAAGCUGAAAUGAUAUGUUUUGGUGAGAUCGGCCGUCGGAUUGUAGGAAAGCCAGUCGAAACAGUUAUGCGCACCCCAAAAGGAAAUGAUUUACUACCUCUAGAUGUCGCCAGCAUUGUCUCUUCCAAAUUCACAUUUACUGUAUUAAUGACUGAAAAGAGCUAUCGGGUGCCGAAGAAAAGUUAUCGAAUAACUUCAAUUGUUACCGCCUAUGGAAAGCAAAAGAUCACACCAAGCCUCUCUCAGAAUGCUCCACAAUCAUCUCAGGACAUAGGAACAUCUGAUAAAGAAAUUGCCAAAGUAGAAACUAUCUCUGCAGCAAGUUGUCCUUCAAGCAGUCAGCUGUAUGGUCUCCUUACUCCCACAAAGACGCUCCCUAUACAAUCCAUGCACUUACAGACACCAGAAAAAAGUGUCCUACUAUCUUCCAAGGAUGCUGAUGUACAAGUUGUAGAGGAUGCUGAAGCAACAAAUAAAUCUGCAAAAGAACGUCUGUACACGUCUGUUAUGGAGGCAGAAAAGUCCAAAGUUCCAAAUAAGUCGUCAGACAAAGACAUGCCUGAUAUACCAACUGAACUUGCCAAAAAUGAUGCCGCCAUUCCAAGUCUAUCUACAAAGAUGGCUGAAAAACAAGAGCCAAUCAAUCAGGAAAAGACAAUUUAUGGCAAAGGAACAAAAUCCAGCAAGAAAUGAUGACUGCUGAGCCUUUUGUCAACCUGCUCAGCUACAUCAGCCUACAAGGAUGCUGCUCACAAAACAGCUCAAACUAUCUGAUGAAACGUUGUUUACUAUAACAACUGAACUUGAGCUGGGUUGCAAUAACUGUCUGCAUCACUUAUGAAGUAUGCAAACGACUAUUAGAACUACUAUUAAUAUGUAUGUGCUGUCCAGUAAUAGAUAUCAGUAGCUAUGUCUGUAUGCUCAAGAACUCUAUAACUAUGCUGCCUAAGUCUAUGUAUCUUGAACAUUUAUCCUC